AUGGAGCUUCGUGCAUUACUCGCCGGCAGGCGCGAGAUCUACAGACACGACAUCCCCGCUAUAUAUAACGCAGCCCAGAGCCAGCCCACUGCCUUCCCCCUUCUCUUCAUACUUACUAUCUCAAUCAUGUCUAUAACACAGACGGUUUCAUCUGAACUGAAAUCUCCUGCUCUAUCUGUUUCAUAUCCUGCAUCGCCGCCCUCUCCUCUGGAGAACUCACCCCCGACCACAGCAGCGGAAAACCUAGUCCUAGAAGCGCCAGAUGGCCCCACCAGUGAAUCCCGCACUCCAAGGGCUGGCCAGCCAGUUUUUGAGCAGCUGCCAGCGAUUAGGGUCACACCUUGGCAUCGAACGGUGAUCACUACGUUGCUUAUUUUGGCAAACCUCGUACAGAUGACAGUAAACUUCGCCGGUAUUGCUGGUGGUAGCAGAUUGAGUCAGUCAAUGGGGGUCAAGAAGACAUAUGCUUCUUGGAUUGGGGCCAGUUACCCGCUUACCCAGGGGACUUUAGUAUUGAUUAGUGGUCGAUUGGGAGAUGUGUACGGUCAUCGAGAGCUCCUGCUCGCAGGCGGCGUGUGGCUAAGUGUAACCACGCUUGCCAGCGCCUUCUGCAGUCAUAAUUUCUUUGCCUUUGUCGUCAUGAGGGCUCUAAGUGGUCUUGGGGGCGCCUUCAUAAUGCCUAACGCAGUAGCCAUGAUCGCAAGUACUAAUCCCCCAGGACGCAUUCGGAAUCUUAGUCUGGGGCUCUUCGCAGCGUCAGCGCCCAUGGGAGGUUAUUUCGGGGCUCUCUUCCUUGGCGCCUUUAUGGAAAAAACGGAAUGGAAAUGGUUCUUUGUCUUCAUAUCUUGCCUCGGCUUCAUAACAUCGAUCGCACUUUGGGGAUUAACCUUGCGCGAGAAACCUGUCGACCAUAACGGAAAGAUUGAUUACAUCGGGUCCGUUUUGGGUGUGAGCUCGCUGGUUCUCUUCAACUUCGUCUGGAAUCAAGCCCCAAGUGUUGGCUGGGCCACUCCAUAUGAGAUUAUUCUUUUGAUUGUCUCAAUUUCCCUCUUUGGAAUCUUUCUGCUCUGGGAGAAACGAUAUGCUGAGUCUCCCAUCAUGCCACUUGAGAUAUUCAAAGCCCCGUCUUUCCUCAUUGUGAUCCUUGUCGUCCUACUAAAUUACAUGGCUGUGGGUACACUGAUCUGGUAUCAGGUCCUUUGGUUACAGGAAGUUUGGGAAUGGUCGCCUCUGGAAUUCGCCAUUGGUUGGACACCUUUUCUUAUUUGUGCAAUCGCAGCUGCUUCCCUGGCCGCUUGGUUGGUACCUCGUCUAGCAGCACAAUGGAUCCUUGCCAUUGGGACCGUGACAAUUCUCGCAUCCAAUGCACUUAUGGCAACGGUGCCUCUGCAUCAGACAUACUGGGCUCAGGUUUUUCCUUCUGUGGUUCUUUUUGCUUUCUGUCCAGACUUUGUGUAUACUGCCGGUCAGAUCAUUGCAAGCAACUCCGUUCGCCGACACCAGCAAGGUAUUGCAGGCUCAAUCAUUGGCACACUUAACCUCUAUGGGAACAGUUUGGGGUUGGGAUUUGCCUCUACCAUUGAGGUCCAGAUUGCCAACCGCUCUGGAAGCCAGAUAGCGGGCUAUAGGUCAGCGCUCUUUUUUGGCGUGGCGAUCAGUGUGUUGGCCCUCGUUUUGGAUGUUGGCUUUGUCCGGAUGGUCAAAGAUGAUCGUGAAGGGUGGGGUGAAGAGGACCGCGUGCAGAUGGAUGAGAUAGAACUUUCGCACCUUGCGGAAGCGACUGGUGCAAGUCGACAUGCGGCGACUGAAAGAUCAUAG